CAAACAAAGCACAAAGAAAAUUCAUGGAAGAACAUGGGAAAAAAAAAGGUCAUCUGAGUUCUGAGUUUGCUCUCUGAAUUAUUAGGGUUUACAAAAGGGUUUUGCAAUCAUCUGUUCCUUUUCCUUUUUGGGUUGGGCUUCUGUUGAAAGCAAGAACAUGAUGGUAAAGGAGGAAGGCAGCGUUGCAGCUGGGAAAAGGAAAAGAAGUUCGGGGAAAAAGAGAGGUAACAAGGCCAAGAAUAAGAAGCUUAAGAUGUUGGAUGGUAAAGGAAAAAAGCUUAGAGUAAGUAAAAAAAUGAGAAAUCUGUUUGAAAAACGAGCCCGUGAGUACAAUUCCGAUGAUGAGGAGGAGGAGGAAAAGGAAAACACGGCGGAGGAGGCUGCCCUGGCAGAUAUACGGAUGGGAGGCGGCGCAGAUAAUUCUUCUGAAGAAAGUGACGGUUCAGAAGAAGAAGGUGAAAUUCAACCUGGGAUUAUGAAGUUUACAGAAGGUGUUAGAGCAUACAGGUUGGCAUUUAAGAAUAUUUUAAAGAGGAAUGUGGCUGAUGAUUCAUUGGGUCCAGUGCUAUCAGGGCAUAAACAACUUGUUGCAAAGAAGCUAGCUGAAGAGGAAGCUGAAAGGAAAGUCAAGGGAGAAGCUAAGAAAGAAAAACAUUUGGUUGCAGAGAAGGGGCAUGUGAAACCUGCUAAUUACUUAGAUUCACAUGAAAAGUUCCUAAUUGGUAUUGCUACAAAAGGAGUGGUGAAGUUAUUCAAUGCAGUGAACAAAGCACAAAAGGCUCAGAAAGGAUUGGACCCUUCAAGGACUAAAGAUGCGAAAGUGAUAAGGAAGCGAAGAAAAGAAGCCUUCUUUUCAGAGCUAGGCAAGACAUCAUUGCCGGCAUGCGACUCUUCCAGUAAGGGUAAUACGUCGUCUGAUCCGAGGAAUGAUGAAGAACCUGCUUGGGCUCCAUUGCGUGAUAAUUACAUGCUAACAAAUCCCAAAUUGAAGAACUGGGAUAAAAUGGCGGACUCAACAACAGCUGAUGAUGUUGGAAUGAUGUCUGAAGAUGGCGGUUCAGAUGAUGAUUGAUAUCCUUUGAACUUAAUGAGCUUAAGGGAGCCUUGUUACAACACAUGCUGUGUAAUGGUUUAAUUACCAUUGCUACAUGAGAGGCAAAUGCAGCAGGUGCAUAGAAUUGGCCUAUGAAUUAAUGGUUUUUUUUUAGCUGAUGAUGUGUUCCACCAGGAAGCUAGUGAAAUCAAACCAGAAUUCCAACAUAUUUUAUUUUAAUUAUUAAAAAUAAAAAACAUGAAAAAUUUUCAACAUACCUGUGUUCAUGUCAAAAAACAUGAAUAUUGCAGCAUAGGUAGAGAGGAAAUCUUCAAAUUCUGUUCACAUUCAGUAUGGAAGGAUGAAAGAGUAAUAGAAAAUAUAUAUAUUUGUAAUUUUUAUAAGUUAAUAAUGCACACGAUUUUCUUCCUAAGUGCA